AUGGCUCGCGAGAUCCAGAAGCUCCCAUUCAACCUUCUGGUGAAAUUGAUGGCUUUCUCGGAUGACAACACGGUUUCCUGCCUCAUGAAGACCAGCAAAUACCUCCACCACCAUGGCGCUCGGUUCCUCCUGGAUUACGGCCUCAUCACUCUCAGCACGAACGAGGAUCUUCGUUCACUCAUAACCUUCCUCUGCGUCCACGGCGGAUAUCGCCUCAGCUACCUCGAAGGGCUAGACCUCGACAUACCAUCGUUGAAGCCGGACUCUGCCAAGCUGCUCAAGAGGUUAUUGGGCGAGUCCACAGCCCAGAUCCGCCUCACGACGUUGCAUAUUCUCGAUGUCGAGAGUUUGCUAGCCACUCGUCCGAGCCUCGCCCAUCGGUUCGCCGCCUUGUCGACCAUCACAUCCCUCGUGAUGGUCGACAUCGCCUGUGAACCUGCUCAAGACUGUGUCGACGACGGCGCAGAAGAGGACUCCAAGAACCCAAUCCUUUUGUUGAAGAACUCGCCGUCGACGCCUUACUUCCCUGUCUAUCCGCACGUCACCCGGCUCGUCCCCGCGGACAUCGACACCUCACAGAUCCUCCCCCUCGUCCGCGCGUUCCCGAACCUCACCCACCUCGACUUCAACAUCCGGGCAGACGUGAUGCGCGACCUGCACGACGACCCCUAG